AUGAGAAGAAUCGCCAGCACCAACACGCGAUCGUUUGCGCGCGCUUCGACCUUCACGUCGACGACGCUGUCUUCGUCGUCUUCAUCCGCCGCGUCUCUGUCGCUGCCGCUGCACCGUCGCUUCGCUUCGAGCGAGGACAACAAGCAGCAGAAGCAAGAUGACCAGCAAUCGAGCGGCUCAGGCUUCCUCACGACGCUGGUAGUCGCUGCUGCCUUCGCGGCAGGCGGCUACCAUUGGUACAAAGAGGUCGUUGGAGAGCCGUUUGAGGAGAGGAAGAAGGUCGCCCCCGUGGCUGCGGUGGCGCAGGAGGGUAAGAAGGAGGCCGAGGCGGCUGAGGUCAAGCCCUUGCCGCCCGUGUCGCUCAACAAGGACGAGUUCAGGGAGUUCGAGCUGGUUGAGGUCGAAGACCUCACGCCCAACACCCGACGCCUCCGAUUUGCCCUGCCCUCUCGCGAUCACGUACUGGGUCUGCCCGUAGCUAGCUGCGUCGUCACCAAGGCCAACAUCGGCGAGAAUGGCAAGCCGGUGAUCCGCCCCUACACGCCGGUUACUAACGACAAGUCGGACAAGGGCUACUUCGACUUCGUCAUCAAGGAUUACCCCACUGGCGUGAUGAGCUCGCACAUCUACCACCUCAAGAAGGGCGAGAAGCUUCAGGUCAAGGGUCCGAUCCCCAAGCUCGCCUACUCCAAGAACAUGAAGAAGCACCUCGGCAUGCUUGCUGGCGGCACUGGCAUCACGCCCAUGCUGCAGGUGCUCGAGGAGGUGCUCAGCGAGGAUGACGACAAGACCCACGUGUCGCUCGUCUUCGCCAACAACACCGAGCAGGACAUUAUCCUCAAGGACCGCCUCGACGCGCUCGCCAAGAAGCACCCCAACAGGCUCGAGGUCCACUACGUCGUCGCCCAGCCCGCCGACGCUGCGUCGUGGAAGGGUCACACCGGCUUCAUCAACGCCGACAUCAUCAAGAAGCACAUCCCCGGCCCCGCUGAGGACGUCAUGGUCUACGUCUGCGGUCCCCCGCCCUUCUACAAGGCUCUCAGCGGCAGCAAGGCCCCCGACUACUCGCAGGGCGAGCUGGACGGCGUGCUGAAGGAUCUGGGCUACAUCAAGGAGCAGGUCUUCAAGUUCUAA